AUGAAGCGACAGUUAAAUAUAUUAUUUAAAAUAAUAUUUUUAUUAAUACAUAUUUAAAAAAAGGAAUAAAUUUUAUAAGAAUUACUAAAGUUAGAAGUUAAUAAUAUUGAGUCUUUAAACUUAUUAGCAUAUACACGGAAAUAAAUAAUUUUGAAAAAUAAAGAACAAAAUAAUAUAGAAGAAAAAUUAGAACAAUGUUCAUAAAUUUUAUAAGAAGCAUUAAAGGUUUUAUUUUUUUUAUAAGAAAAUUCUAAAAUACAGAAUAAAAAAAUGAUUUUAAUUUAAAAAAAAAAAAAGUUGGAUAAAACAAAUUAAUUAACUUUGUUUAAUAUAGGAACAUUUUAUUAUGAAAUAAAAUAAUAUGAUAAAGCAAUAUCUUAUUAUGAAUAAUGUUAUAAGAAUAAUAUUUAAGAUACAAGAAUAUAUUUCAAUUUAGCAAUAUCUUAUGAAAAGCAAAAUUAAUAUGAAAACGCUUUGUAAAAUUAUGAAAAAGCCAUAAAAAUAAAUCCUUAUUUUUCUGGAGCAAUAAUAAAUUAUACUAAUUUAUUAACAAAAUGUCAAAAAGUUACUUAAGCAAAAGCUAUAUUAGAAGAAUAUUUAAAAAAUGCACCUUUUGAUGAAAAAGCAGCAAAUAAUUUAAGUAUAAUUUUAUCUGAAAGAAACUAAUAAAAAAAAGCUUAAGAAAAUUUUUAAAAAAUGCUUAGAUAACCAAAUCCUAAUCCAUUAACAAUUUAUAAUAAUGGUAUUUUUUUAUAUAAACAGGAGAAUUAUUAAUAAUCUCUUGAAACAUUUUAUAAAUUUAUCGAACUUAAAUUAUAAAUUGAUGAUCCUUUAUUAUAAUUAGCAUACAUAAAUAUUGCCUUAAUAUAUUAAUAAUUAAAAUAAUAUGAUAAAGCUAUAGAUACAUAUAAUUAAGUGAAUUUUUAAUAUUUAUAUUUAUAAUUUUUUAUUUUUUUUAGAUGUUUUAAAAAUUUAAUUAAAAAUUAAAAUAUAAAUAAAGAUUAAAAAUAUCAUUAAAUAUUAAAAUAAUAAAAAUAAACAGAAAAUUAAUAACCAAAAAAAUAAACACUUUCAAAUAUUUAAGAAAAUUAAAAAUUAAAAUAAUAAUAAGAAUAUAAAUAAUAACAAGUAUAAAAUUUAUAAAAACAAGAAUAUAAAUAAUAAUAAUUAUAACAAGAAUAAAAAUAUCAAUUAGAAUAUAUAUAGAAAUAAAAAUAACAUUAUGAAUAAAAAUAAUAACACGAAUAAAAAUAAUAAUAGGAACAAAAACUAUAAUAAGAUUAAUAGUAAUAAUAAAAUCAAUAAAAAAUAUAAUAGUUAGAAUAAAAAUAACUUUUAGAAUAAAAUUAAUAAUAAGAAUACAAAAAAUAUUAACAAUUAUAAUAACAAGAAAAAUUUGAUUAAAGUUAAGAAAAAAAUAAAUAAAAAUAGAAAGAAAAUAAAUAAGAAGAAUACAAAGAUGAAUAAUAACAAAUAGAAUAAAAAUAAUAAUAAUAAUAAGAAUAAUAAUAAUAAGAAUAAGAAUAAGAAUAGGAAAAAUAAUAAAGCUAAAAAGAAUAAUAAAAAUAAAGUGAAUAGUAAAAGUAAUUAUCAGAAUAAAAAUAAGAAUUAUAGGUAGAAGAGAAUAAAUAAGAAUUGUAGUUAGAAGAGAAAAAAUAAGAAUAAAUAUAAUAGUAAUAAUCUGAUUAAUAAAUUAACUAAAAAAGUAAUAGUUAAUCAUAACUAUAAGAAGAGAAUAUUUAAUAAAUACAAGUAAGUAUAUAAAAAUAAUAAGAAAAAGAAGUAUAUUAAAAUAAUUAAGUUGAACAAAAGAAAGAAAAUAUAGAAAUAGAUAAUUAAGAACCAUAAGAAUAAUAAAAAUAACUAGAAUAUUCAGAAUAACCUGAAUUAUAACAAAAUCAAUUACAUUAAUAAGAUUUUUUUUAAUAAAAUUAAGAAGUUAAUGAAUAAUAAUCUAUUCUAAAAGAAACUAAAUAAGAAAGCAGCUAAAGUGAGAAUAAUAAAUAAGAAGAUUAAACUUUGAUAAAUAAGUUAGUAAAAUCUCCAUUAAAUAAAUAGAAAUCAAAUUCUUUAUAAUUUAUGUAAAAUAAUGAAAAUUAAGUUAAAAGUAAUAAAUAAAUUGAAGAGGAAGAAGAAUAAGAAAAAAAAAUGUGCAAGGAAAAUUCAUAAAACGAAAUAGACUAAUAAGAAAUAAAAUAAAAUUCAAUUACAAAUUUAUAAAAAAGCUCUAAUAUUACCGAAUUAUCUUAAAAAAUGUAAAAGGAUUUAGAAUAAGAAGUUUAAAAUGAAAUUAAUAUUGAAAAAUAACCAUCAAUAAAUAAUAAUAUAAAUGAUUAGACUAGCCAAGAUAAUGAAAGUAGUACUAAUAAAUUAGGAUCUUAAUUCCAUUUAUGGACAGGCGAACAAUGCUUGCAAAUCAUAGAAUAGGAUCCUAUUAAUUAUUAGGCUUAUUAUAGAUUGGCGUUAUUCUGUUUUGAUAAUUAGGACAUUUAAGGGGCUAAACAGUACCUUUUGAAGGUUUUUUAAAUAAAUAAACAAUUCAAAUCCGAUAAAGUUAAUAUGGGUUUAGGAGAAAUAUUUGAAUUGGAGAAAAAUUAUGAAUAAGCCUUAUAUCAUUUUAAAAUUGUUUACAAAACAACAGAUUAAUAAUAACUUAUAUUAUUAAAAAUCGCUAAAUGUUUUUAUAAAAUUGGAAAUAUUUCGCAUGCUUAGAAAACUUAUGAAGAAGCUAUUAAGGUUAAUACGAAAAAUUUUUUACCUUAUUUGAAAUUGGGAUGGAUGUAAAUUAAAAAUGGAGAUAUUAAGUUGGGAAUUAAUAAUUUAUAAAAAGCAUAGUCUUUAUAACCUGAUAAUUUCGAAAUUACUGUUAAGUUAGGAAAAGCUUAUUUAUUACUAAAUAAUGAAGAUGGAAUUGAUGAUGCCAUUUUUCAUCUUACUAAAGCUUUGUCUAUUGAUGAAAAUGAUUAUGAUUGCUUAAUUGGAUUAGGGAAAGCUUAUGAGAAAAAAGGAGAUAUUGAUAAGUCUAUAUAGUUUACUUAAGUGGCUAUUUCUUUACCUAAUAGUUUACCAAAUAUUAAUUCUAUUUUAUUUUUGGGAAUGCUUUAUUUGAAAAAAAAAGAUAUUUAUAAUGCUUCAGAAUAAUUUAAAAAAAUCUUAUAAAUCGAUCCUAAAAAUGUAAAUGCAUUAAUUGAAUAUGCAACAUCUUUAAGUUUAUAAGGUUAAUAUGAUAAAGCAGUUUAAUAUUUUAAAGAAGCAGUAAGCUUAGAUUAAGAAAAUAUAGUCGGAAAUUUAAGAUUGGGAAAAAUAUUUUAAAAUAAGCUUAAUGAUUUGGAUGGUGCAAUAGAAUGUUAUAAAAAAAUAAUUCAAGUUCAACCUGAAUUUUCAAAAGCUCAUUAUUAAUUAGGACUUGCCUAUAUAGAAAAAAAAGAAUAUAAAAAAGCUAGCGAAGAAUUAAAAUAGACACUUAAAAUAAAUCCAAGAUUCAGUGGGGCAUUUAAAGCUAUGGGAUUAAUAUUUUACAGAAAUGCAAAUGAAUAGAUAGCUUGUAAAUAUUACUAAAAAGCAUUAGAAUGCGAUCCUACAGAUAUGGAAUGUAAGGUAGGUUUGGCUAAUUGUUAUUAUUUAUUAGAAAAUUUCGAUUUAGCAAUUUAAUAUUAUGAAGAAAUUUCAAAUAUCGAUCAAAACGAAGAAAUAGAAUAUAAUCUUGGUAAUUGCUAUUAUAUGAAGGGAGAAAUAGAUGAAGCUAUUUCCCAUUAUAAAAAUUCAAUAGAUAUAAAACCAGAUAAAACUGAUUGUUUAUAUAAUUUAGGAAAUGCCUUUUGUAUCGUACAGAAUUUCGAAAAAGCUUUAGAAUGCUUUUAGAAAACUGUAGAUAUUGAACCUCAUAAUUCCUCGGCUAUAUAUAAUUUGGCAAAUACUUAUUAUAUAUUAGGAGAACAUGAAUUAGCUUUUAUUUAAUUUGAAAAGGCUUUAGAUUUAGAACCAAAUAAUGAGGAAUGGUAAGGGUAUAUUGGAGGAUUAUUUUUUGAAAGAGGGAAUUUCGAAAAAGCCAAAAAACACUACGAAAAAUGUGUAGAAUUGGAUCGUUAAAAUAUUGAUGCAAAUUUCAAGUUGGCGAGUAUUUUUAAUAAUCAGAAUUAAAAAGAUAUUGCUUUUUAAUAUAUAAAUGUACUUUUUUUAGUUUUUUUUUUUUUUUUUAAGUUUAUUUUCUUAGAUAGUUUUAUAAUUAUAACAUGA